GUCUUGUGCGGUCGAAAGACGUGGCGCCACCUCGCGACCGUCGUCUGCCAAAUGAUAACAGCAAAGAGCAGAGAGCGCAGCAACAGCACAGGCAACAGCGGGCAUCGUGUUCCUGUUGUGCGCUAAUCAGAACCGCAGAACGGCGAGCCGCCUCGCACCAAAUGGCAGUGCCUUAAACUGUUGUACGCGAACCGGCGCACCGAAUGAAAUGUGAAACGAGCCGUGCGAGUGCCCAACGAACAUGUGUAAUGUACCGCCGAAGUUUUAUCAGUUGUGCCGUCUUUGUCUCGCGGGUGAUAACGAUGCCUUGUUUAUGUUCGGCGACGGCGGCGGCCAGGACAUACCGCGCCGCAUCAUGACGUGUCUCUCGAUCACGGUUUCGAGAGAAGAUCCCCUGCCACAUACAAUAUGUACGAGAUGUGCGGAACAGCUGGAGGCCUUCAACAAGUUCAAGGAGGUCGCCAGGAAGGCCGAACACCUCCUCAACGAGUUCCUCUCUUACACCAAACUCCUCACCGGUAACGAUGAGGAAAGGAUGAGACAAAGCGAGAACUUGAUCGACCAAAUGCUGAUCGCCCAAACCGUAGUUAAAACGGAACCGGACCGGCCCGAAACACCCGUCAAUUCGAUCGAAUGCAAAGUCGAAGUGGACGAUCACCAUCCCCUCAUCAAAAUCCGCAGCGAGUCGGCACUUAAAUAUCCGGACAUGGAACCGCAGGUGACGUGCACGCCGGUCGUGCGCCAAGACCAGCGCGAAGAACCGCCGACAGAACCGGCCGAUCUGUCCAAGCCGAAACCGGAAAAUCUAACGUGCGUACCGGAAAUCGAUUUCAUAAAGGAGGAAAUCGCCGACAAUCAGUCAGAGUGCAGCAACAGUUCGGAUCCGGAAAGGCUGGAAGUCGACAUGUCCCAGGCGCCCGAGGAACACUCGAAUUCGACAACGAACAGCGCCUCCAGUCCGUUACCCGAGCAUCCGCAGAUACCGGAAGACGACACGACGCUUUGGAACACGCUGUCGCAAAAUGGGUACAAUCCUCAGAUGCCGCUAUCGAAUGAGGCCACGCAGCUGCUUCGGAAGCUUAUCACUUGUAGGAAAUUAGGUAUGAGCAUAACAAGCAUAACGCCGAGCCAACCGCACAUCCUCAACUACAGCAUGUUCCAAGACAAUCACAAGCAAGACGACCAACCCUUGAACAUGGAGAUGAAAUCUUCCGCCAGGAGAAAGCAAAGUUUCCCCACAAAAGCCGCGGUUGAAAUAGAACAGACGAAGAUGGAGACCGACUCCAAGGAUGAACCCGAGGAGUAUCUGCCGGACUUCACCGGAGGCAACGCCUGGUGCAGUCUUCAAAUGAAAGGAGGAAAAGGCGGUAACAGUCCAAAUAUGGCGAGACGGGUCGAUUUGAUGUGUACGAAUUGUGGCACACAAACCACCACUAUCUGGAGGCGGAACAUGAAGGGAGAGAUGGUGUGCAAUGCGUGUGGGUUAUACUACAAGUUACACGGGGUGGAUAGGCCUGUCACGAUGAGGAGGGACACGAUUCACACGAGGCGCAGAAGGCCUAAGGCUGUGGAAAAAGAACGGGAAAAAGAUUACCAAAUCAAGAAUCCACUAAGAGUUUCAGAUCUGCAAAUGAAAUAUCCACUUCGUGUUUACGGUAAAUCGGCACGAAUAACACGCAUCAGAGUAAUCGCACCGAAAAGCAAGGGCAGCAUUUCAGAAACAACGGACACGGAAGAAAUGCUGACGGCGCUGCGCAGACAGCUUCAACCCCACCUCAUAAUGGCACUUCAAGGCCAGAAGAACCAACCCACCUUGCCCAACCAAGGGUCGAAGUAUCCAUUCUUGCCAGCGGGUGAAUCGCCGGGCGGUUCGGCGCCCGAAGCCGAUUCAGACGACGAUUGUAUGGAGGAUCUGCCCCUGAAUCUUGUGUCGACGCAAAUGCCCACCGAAACCGAGUCGCACUAGCAGGAAUCGCCUUUCCAAUCGCUGCAAACAUCUUGAAAAUUCACUCUCUGAUAGAACGAAUCUCGGUGCAAUUGUUGUUGGACGCGUGUUUACGUUGCAGCCUUUCGAAAUGCCAGUAUAUAACACACCAUUUUUUAUUGGAUUAACCCCCAAGUGAUAUUGAAUUACUUAAAAAAAAAUAAAAAUUUUUGUAGAUAUUUUUAUUAAAUGGGCUGCGUUGUUUGCGGCGUCGGAUUUCGAUCGUUUCCAGUGCUAAUCCCGGUUCAUUCUGUGAUAACAAAUACUCAAAUAUUAUUUAAAAGCAAUUAAUAACCACGCCUUUGUAAACAACGCGCCAAUUAAAUUGAUAUGGCGUUGCAUAAGUCGAUCAUCCAAAAUUUUGUUUACUGAUAAUAUUCGGUAGUAUAAAAGAAAUUAGUUUAUUUUAUUUGACAGAUUUUAAUUAUAAAAUUGAUUCAUUUCCAAGUCGAUUUUUGCAACACCUUUAUAUAUACUUUUAUAUAAAGUAAUAAUGAUCAUUUUGUUUAUCGAUUAAAUGUCGAUAAGCAAAUUGGUUGAUUAUUUCUUAUCGCCCUCUAAAACCAGUUUACUUAUCCAGUACUUAUACGAAGUAAUACUCAUUUUUUUAUAUACACACCCACCUUUUUUAUAUACAUACUGCAGAUUGUGAUAUUUCCACAAGCGCAUUAUAAGUUUUUAUUACGUGCCCGUAAUAAAAAUGUCGGAAACUUAACCAAACCCUUGUUGCUUAAGCCAGUAGUACCUUAAUUUUAGUGUUAUUUAGUUUAUUUUUGUCGCUCGAAUAAUCUCCUGUCUUACACACCAUCCAAAAAUACUCUUUGACCCAAUAAUACUCGUAUUAUAAAUGCUCUCUUUUUCAGUACGAUUUUGCCUUUUUCUGACCAGUAUAUUCUCUGUUCUCGUUUUUUAUUAUUUUUUAACGUGUGAUUGACCUCCAUUGUAUAUAAAAUCACUGUUUUCGACGUCGUUGACGUCAUUUUUUGUAUACCAUAACCAGUUAUUUUAUACGUUAAGAUUUUUUAUUAUUAUUUUAUACAUUAGUAGGUUUUAGAGCAAUUUUUUUGUAUUUAAGCUUGCAAUGAAGUUUUCUAUAGUCCCGGUUUGUUUAAAAUCCGGACAAUCCGUAAUUAUGAGUAUUAAUGUUAUACAAUUUCACGCCAAAUUAUUAAAAUGAUAUUUUUUGGAUAUUUUAAGACUGGAUUAUCUCGGUAUUACAAAAAUCAGUAUUAGGAAGUUUUGGAAAUUGGAUUGUCGGCGGAUUUGGAACAUUCGGGCAGCCCUCGUAGGUGUAGUACCUAUUAGUAUUAACAUGAGUGAUAUUUCUUAAUUUUAACCCUAAUUUUAUUUUUUUAUAUUAUUAAAUUAACUUAUUAAAAUUUUCGACAUCAGUAUUGAACACCUUUUUAUAUUUUUUAAGCUAAUGCAUUAGUUUAGAUUAUAUUUUAAUAAUUUGGCAGCUUAACUCCCAUUUAAUUGUUGCGUGUUAACAUAUUUUAUGCAUUUUGGUCGUAUUUAUUAAUAGUUACAGGGUGUAAGUUGUUUGAAUUGGUGCAUAAUUUCAGAAUAGUGACUUUGUUAUAAGUAAAAAUCUGUUGAUCUGCAUAUUUUUAUAUUGUUGAGUGAUUGUGAUUGUUAAUAAAUUUAAUUAACAAAAAAAAACACUUGCCCGAUAAUUUUAGUCGCAGCGCAGUUGUAUUUUGUUUCGAGUUUAAUUUUAUGUAACAUGUUAGUUAUAUUUGUGUGGAUAUUUGUAUUUUUCCUGUCUGUUUUUACUUUUUCAUAUGAAUAUUUAUAUAAGAGUGUUUACCCUACUACAAAACUAUGUAACUAUAAAUUGGCUAAACUAGAGAUUACUUAGAAUAUUUUUUUACAAAUAAAUAAUGGCUGCUA